AUGCACCCCCUUUCACUUCUGCUCGUUGCCCUCAUCACCACUUUGCAAUAUCCCCUUUUUGCUCGCCGGCUCCAUGCGCCCUCUGCAUUAGGAGUUUCUCCCGUGCGUAAUGUAGUAGGAGUGGUAGGGAGGGGAGCAUUCAUUAGAGGAUGCAUCGAUCAAAUUAGCAGGGCGAGUAGUUACUCGAAUGGAUACCCCAUCAAUGGACACUACAGAGCAUUUUCCACUGCAAAUAAACAAAGAGGACACCAUAUGAACUUCCGACUCGGGGGAUCCCUAAACGAUUAUAUCUACAAGCUACUGCUCCGCAGGUUCAAAAAAAUCUCACACAAAGGUGCAAUCAAUAUUUUCAAGUCUGUGUUAUCUCCCCGACGUAGCUACAACAUUGAUCUCCUCUUUUCUUGUAACUACACCAUUAGUGAGAUAAAGAAAAAGAUAGCAGAAUACAUGUAUGAGCUGAAGCUAGUCGAUGGAGAAAAUUUCAAAGCUGUUUAUCUGGGGAAGAGGAGGCUAGUGCGCCCAAUCAAGAAACAGAUGGAAGCCUACUACGUUUUGUUUUCCUUCGAAAUGUACCCCUCCCUAAUUCUGGAAAUUAAGAGGAAAUUAUCCCUCCAGGAUGCAGUCUUGAGAUUCAUGGUGAACAAGAACGAAAAGACAUCCAAGAACCUCCAGUACCAGGAGAAUGAACCUGUCCGCCAAGGGAUGGCUGCCACAGAGGCACAAUUUUUUAAGAAGGCGGAAUGA